AUGGCUGCAACAUCAUAUAAAACAUUAUCACCAGGAACUUAUAAUGAUGAAAGACAUCAUGGUGGAUACAAUUUACAUAUUGGACCAUUAACAACUCAUUAUACCGAUAAUCCACAAGCAUCAAGUGCUUCAAAUGAUAUUGAUGCGAUACAACAACAACCGAAAUAUUAUCUUAGAGAUAAAUAUGAUGAACAAUUAGCAUAUAAUCAAUCAAAUGAUCAAACAUCAACUUCAUCUAAUCAUACUGAUAAACGUUAUGGCAAUCUCGGUACCACUAAUAAUAUACAUUUAUCAUAUAAAACAAGUAUGGAUAGACAUCAAUCUAAUAAACAAUAUCAGAACACUGGUGUAACAUUACAACGUUCCCCUGCAACUUAUCAAUCUCAAUCAAAUCGUAUUCGAUCUGAUCAUCAAAUUUCUAAUCAACCAGCAUCAGAUCUUCGUCUACCUUUAGCGAAUAGUAGCAAUAAUCAUGAAUCUGAAAUGACAAUGAAAAGAAAUGAUCCUUCAAUAGAAAUGAAGACAAAUAAAUCAAAUGAAAUACGAUCGACAAUUAUUAAACAAAAAGAAGAAAUUCCUGAACAAAAACAAAAUAAUGGAAAUCAACCUUCAAAUAAAAAAACAUCAUUUUCUCUGUCAAAACAAAAUUUUUCAAUUGAUGGUAAAGAAAAUGAUACUAAUAGAUCAAGACAAAAUAUGAAACAAUCUCAAUCUGUUCCGAAUUAUCAUAGAAGUCGUCAAGAAGAUUUUGAAACAGAAGAUAAUACUGAUUCGUAUGAUGAAUAUAAUGAUGACAAUAAUACUCAACAUAAAUCUACAAAACGUACAGUAUUAAAUGAUAAUACACAGAAAAAAAAUUCAUCUUUACCACCUGUUCGACGAGGACAAGGACCGCCGUUUUAUGAACCUACUGUUACUUAUCCAUUAUCACGUGGACAUCCUCUUCGAGGACGAUAUUUAAAUAAUAAUCGUCGUCCUCAUUCAUAUGAAGAUGAUUCUGAUGCACGAUGUAUUGAUUGUGAGAAACGUAUACCAAAAUCUCGAACGGAAAAAUCUGAAGAUGAAAAAGAAAUUACAAGUGCUCGUAAAGGAAUAAGUAAAGAAAAAAAUAUCGAAUAUGAAGAAGAUGAUACACAUUAUCACGAUUCAUACCGUUCUAAUGAACCAAAAUAUUAUGAUGAACAUGUUGCUACACACGAGAAUUCAAAGAAAAAACAUCCAUCAAAUAUAUUUGAAUCUCUUUAUUCACAACCAUCAAUGGGAACAGAUAGUUAUUUAGAAAAUCAACGACGUCGUGCAUUACGUGACUCUCAAGGAUAUUAUUUUCCUUAUAAAAAAUAUACACUUAAAGAUUAUAAAGAUUUACAAAAAAUGGAAUCACACUUUAAUCCAUAUGGUCCGUUUAAUGAAACAAAAUAUGAUCGAACAGAACGUGCAAGAAAACGUUUAGAAUAUGCUUCAAAGAUAGAAAAACCAUUUAUAAAUACAUCAACAGAAGAAUAUAAAUCACCACGAGAUAUAUCACCACGAAAACCUUUUCAAUUCAAUCAUGGUCAAGCAAAUGAUCCAGCAAGAGCAUCAAAACUUGAACGAGCUCGUGAAUAUGCAAAAGUUCAAUUGGUACGACAUCGACCAACUAAUAAAAUAAAAAAUAAAUAUAACAAACCAGAUCCUACAGAACAAUAUAUAAAUAGUCUCUUUCCAGAAGUAGACGACGAUGAAGAUGAUGAUGGUAAUGAGUAG